UCUGCUUUGACUUAGUUGCUACAGCCUACAAUCCAGGAUAAUUAACUGUGAAUAAUUUAUUCUUUUGUCCCUUUUUUAGUCCACUGUUUUGGCCUCCCCCGCAGGGCAAGGGUCGUCCCAGUUUUGCUCUUGGAGCUCCUGGGAGGGUUUCGCCUCACUUUCCUUAUCAAAGGCAAUGCGUCCAGCAGAGCAAACUCUGCGUGAAGGCUCUCGAUAGGAAAGUGAGUGGGCGACAAUCCAGGACACCAGGACAGAACCGCUAGAGGCGGCCUGCCUAGCUGGUCGCGAGACCUCUAGCCUAGCACCUUUCGUGAAGUCAGGGGCCCAGCCUAAGCGAGAGAGCGCCCCGACAGUGCAGUGAGCCGGUUCUGAUCCGCUGGAGAUCUCGCGGCUAGCCUGUGCUUGUCCCACCGCCCCUCAGGGAACCACGCGGCCGGAGGACCAACCCACGCCGCGUCUCCCCGCCCGGAGAGGCCGCGCAGCCCGGGCUCCAGCGGCGAGCUCGCUCCCUCGUCUCGGCCCGCUCUCCGUGCUCUCGCUUGGAAGAUGUCCGCCAAGGCCGACGUCGGUUUGGUGCGUGAGGCUUCAAGGCAGAUCAUGGCCGGAGGUUCUGCAGACAGGGGUCCACUAAGUUGCUAAAUUGCCCAGGCUGGGCUAGAAUUUGUGGUCCUCCUGCCUGAGCAUCCCAGAGUUGGGAUUACAGGUCUGGUAGAAAUAUGCCUGAUGCACCCCCUCGAUGUGGUGAAAACCAGGUUCCAGAUUCAGAGAAGUGCAACUGAUCCAAACAGUUAUAAAAGCUUAGGAGAUAGCUUUCGAAUGAUUUUCCGAACAGAGGGAUUGUUUGGCUUUUACAAGGGAAUUCUGCCACCCAUCUUAGCAGAAACCCCCAAAAGAGCAGUAAAGUUUUUCACCUUUGAACAGUACAAGAAAUUGCUAGGAUAUGUGUCACUGUCACCAGGAUUGACAUUUGCCAUUGCUGGAUUGGGAUCUGGACUAACAGAAGCCAUCGUGGUUAACCCUUUUGAGGUGGUAAAAGUUGGCUUGCAAGCCAAUCGGAACACAUUCAUAAAGCAACCAUCUACUUGGGCUUAUGCAAGACAAAUCAUUCAGAAGGAAGGUUUGGGACUGGAAGGCCUCAACAAAGGAUUUACGGCAACUUUGGGACGUCACGGAGUUUUCAACAUGGUGUACUUUGGCUUCUACUUCAAUGUUAAAAAUAUUAUUCCUGUCAAUAAGGAUCCAACCUUAGAGUUCUUGAGAAAAUUUGGGAUUGGUCUUCUCUCGGGGACAAUGGCCUCAGUCAUUAAUAUCCCUUUUGAUGUUGCCAAAAGUCGGAUCCAAGGGCCUCAGCCAGUUCCUGGAGAAAUCAAGUACAGAACCUGUUUUAAAACAAUGGCAACAGUCUAUCAGGAAGAAGGGAUUUUUGCCUUAUAUAAAGGCCUGCUUCCCAAGAUUAUGAGACUUGGACCAGGAGGUGCAGUGAUGCUGCUGGUUUAUGAAUACACCUAUUCAUGGCUGCAGGAGAACUGGUGAUUGCCAAGGAAAUGUUUUCUCUGGAGAUAAUGGAUAUUUACUCUGUAGCACCAUGAAGAGGAGACACUAUUGAUCAGCUAAGCUAGGCAUACAGUUAGGAAGGGUUCAAAACAGCUUGGUCAAGAACAGCUUGAUACUUUAGAGUUUAUCUUUAGGCAAUCUGAGAUGGUAGCUUGAGAUACAUAAAGGGUUGAUACAGAAAUGAUAGAUAGAUAGAUAGAUAAUGAACCAAUAAGAUACAUUGUGAAAAGUAGUAUGAAACAAUUAUGUGUAUAAAUUGAAUAUUAAAUAGCAAAGAAACAUAUGAGAGCAAUAUAAAAUUUUUGAAAAAUAAUAGGAAGCAAUGAGGUAUUUGAGUAAAAUAUUAAAGUAGUGUAUAAUCUCCACCCAAGGAAUGUAAACAUUAUGAACUGCAAACAUCUACAGAGAGGAAGGGGAUCAAGGGAUGGGUGGAGGGGGAAGGGAUGGAAAGGAGAAAGGAAUUAAGAUGUGUUAUUGUACAUGUACCAGCCCCACAAAAGGAAUGUAAACAACAUGCACUGCACUCCUGCACAAAUAACUAAAAUAAUAAAACACUGAUCAAUAAAAUAUAA